AGAGCAACCUCCCACCCCCAGUGGCAAGCAGCCAAACAGCCCUUCACUGACUGGCUAAGAAUUGAGCCGUUGAGCUAUCCCAAAGGGAUCCUGAAAGCAGUUACGUUACAGAGCUCUGUAAAUCAAGCUUCUGCUUUUGCUUGCUUGACCAUCUCUGACACACUUCCGUGUGCCUUACUAGUACUGAUCAAACCUGUCUCUUCAUUCCUGGAAUACUGCUAAUAUCAGAACAAUCAUACAAUACCAGCAGUCUCAGCAGUGUACCUAAUUGUGCGGAAUAUUCCUCCUGGCUACCGUAGCUGUUUUCUCACUGCAUCCUUUUUUCAAAGAUCAGACUUUGUUUUUUGCUCAGCAUCUCCAGCUUAAGGGAGUGGCAUACUAGAGAAGCGAGUUUACAUCUUUGCAUAGCAGGCUGGUCACAGGGAAGGAGUCUUUGCUGAUCCUGUUACAAGCUGGAUGCUUUGAUGAGAAAGAAAGGAUAUGCGAAAAUGUUAGCAACCACUGAGCUCAUGGCAGCCUGACACGGGUGGCAGCAGUCAAACUCUUUGGGAGAAGAAAGGCAGUGGUGGAUAAUUGGAGAUAGAGAUAAUAUAUCACCAUGCUAAAACCAAGUGGACUUAAAAUCCCAGGCAGAGGGACAAAGCACUCAAGCCCUGGAAGUCGUUCUUCAGCUGUCAGUUCAGGGUCCACAGGGUCUAAAGAAGGGUCACCUUUGCAUAAACAAACCAGUGCAUCAGUAUCUAGUGCUGAGAAAUCGGGGUCAAAGAUCAUCGAAGUGGGAGAUGAUUCCUUGGGAGAUUAUACAGUUGGUGAAAGAGUUUGGGUGAAUGGUGUGAAGCCCGGUAUAAUCCAGUACCUUGGAGAGACUCAGUUUGCCCCUGGUCAGUGGGCUGGAGUUGUCUUGGAUGAAGCUGUGGGAAAGAAUGAUGGCUCAGUUGGUGGUGUCCGGUAUUUUGAGUGUCCCCCUUUGCAGGGGAUUUUUACGCGGCCUUCUAAACUAAGUCGCCAGUUUACAGCUGAGGGAUCUGGCAGUGAUACUCAUUCUGUAGAAUCACUUACUACUCAGAACUUAUCACUGCACUCAGGGAUGGUCACCCCUCCACUGACUAACCAGAGAAUUAUUGUCCCAUUAAGAGAGAGUGUCCUCAACAGCAGCAUGAAAACUGGAAAUGAGUCUGGAUCUAAUCUUUCAGACAGCGGGUCAGUGAAGAAAGGAGACAAAGAUCUACGUAUUGGGGACCGUGUGCUAAUCGGUGGGACCAAAACAGGAGUGGUGAGGUAUGUCGGUGAGACAGACUUUGCAAAGGGAGAGUGGUGUGGAGUGGAACUGGAUGAACCUCUUGGGAAGAAUGACGGAGCUGUUGCUGGAACAAGGUAUUUUCAGUGUCCGCCUAAAUUUGGACUUUUCGCUCCAAUCCACAAAGUGAUUCGGAUUGGAUUUCCAUCUACCAGUCCUGCCAAAGCCAAAAAGAGCAAACGAAUGGCAAUGGGUAUAUCAGCACUAACACACAGCAACAGUAGCUCAUCCAUCAGCUCAGUCAGUUCAGUAGCAUCAUCUGUUGGAGGACGACCUAGUCGCACAGGCCUGCUAACAGAGACUUCUUCACGCUAUGCUCGAAAGAUUUCUGGAACAACUGCUCUUCAGGAGGCACUAAAAGAGAAGCAACAACACAUCGAACAGCUCUUGGCUGAAAGGGACCUGGAACGAGCUGAAGUCGCCAAAGCUACGAGUCAUAUCUGUGAAGUGGAAAAGGAGUUAAGUGCUUUAAAGGCUCAACACGAACAGUAUGUAUCUGAAGCCGAAUGCAACCUGCAACGAAUACGUUCUAUCCUAGACACAGAAAAGAAGGAGAAGACAGAACUGCUGAACCAGCUUGAGGAGGAAAGAAGGAAGGUAGAAGAUCUCCAGUUUCGAGUAGAAGAAGAAUCAAUUACAAAAGGAGAUCUAGAGACUCAGACGCUGUUGGAACACGCUAGAAUACAGGAGCUCGAGCAGACUCUCCUGUUUGAGAAGGCAAAAGCUGACAAACUUCAGAAAGAAUUAGAGGACAAGAGGCUAACAACUGUAGCAGAAAAAGGCAGGAUCCGUCAGCUGGAGGAAGAGCUCAAUAUGAAGUGCAGUGAGAUAGAGGGUCUUCAGCAAUUUCUUCAGACCUCCAGUGAAGCAAAUGUUCCCGAACACAAUUUUGGCCCUCAAACAGAGACAUUCCGGUUGAGAGAACAGUUGCUGUCCAUUAGCAAGGAGAAGCAAAAGGAAAUCAGCCUGCUCAGAGCAAAGUAUGACAAAACCGUAAAAGAAUGCCAACACGAAUGUGAAAAGCUGAAAACAGUUAAUGAAAAACAUGUGCAAGAGAUUUCAGAAUUAAAGCACAAACUGCAGCAAUCAACCAAGGAGAACAUGGAAAUGAUGGACAACUGGAAAAACAAACUGGAUAGCCUAGCAUCUGAUCACCAGAAAUCACUUGAGGACCUCAAGACUUCCUUGACAACAGGAACUGAUGCACAGCAGAAAGAGAUUGUGGGGCUUAAGGCAUCUUUAGAAAGCUUGAAAAUGGAACACCAAUUAGUUAUUGAGAACCUCAAAGCCAAGCAUGAGAUUGAGAUGGCUGUGCAUAUCAAGGAAAAGGAGGAUCUGAAGUCUAAGUCACAAGACCUCAAAAAACAAAUUGAUGAAAGUGAAGAGAACUGGAGAAAGCAGCUUGAAAUAAAAACAAACCAGCAUCUGCUGGAGCUCCAUGAGGCCAAGGACAAGCUGAAUGAUGCAGAGCACAGAAUCCUUGAGAUGGAAAAACUCCAUAGUGAGUACAAGGACCAGGCUCAGGCCAUUGCUUUCCUCAAAGAGCAAAUAACAAUGGCAGAGAAGAAGAUGGUGGAACAUGAGGUAUUACAGAAAAGUGAGGCACAGUGUAAGCAGGAGAUCCGAGUCUUGCAAGAGAAACUUCUCGUUAUGGAAAACAGACUGCAGUCCAAAGAGGUGCUUGAAAAAAAUGAUAUCACAGAAGAAAAGCUCAAACAAAAACAGACUAUAGAAGGCCUACUGGACAAAUUGAAUAAAAAAGAACAGGACUUAGUGGCAAUGUCAUCUCAGACUGACACACUGAAGGCUCACAUUACAGCCCUGGAAACAAAAUGUCGCUCAGCAGAAAAGAAGGCGGAGAUCCAGCUCAAGGAGAAACUAAGACUGGAGUCAGAGCUGGAGGCAGUAUCUAAAAAAACACAUGACGCCUCAGGGCAGCUAGUUCUGAUCAGCCAAGAACUGCUAAAGAAGGAAAGGAGUCUGAAUGAACUGCGAGCUUUGCUGCUGGAAGCAAACCGUCACUCUCCGGGUCCUGAGCGUGACCUGAGUCGAGAGGUACAUAAAGCUGACUGGAGACAGAAGGAACAGAAGCUACAGGAAGAUAUUAAAGUCCUGAGGGAGAAAAUCAAUGUCCUAGACAAGGAGAAAACAAUAUCUGACCACAGGCGUUACUCAUUGAUAGAUCCUACCUCAGAUUCUGAGGUAGUUCGACUACAGCACCGACUUCUGAGUACAGAGGAUGUUCUGAGGAAUGCUCUAGAACAAAACCAACAGAUGGAAAAACUUGUGGAGGCCAUGAGAACCAACUCUGAGAAAAUGCAGACCAUGGGAAAUGUCGGAUCAGCCAAUGGGCUCCACCCACAGGACAAAGUCCACAAGCAGGAGGAGAAACACUGAUGCCAACGUCUGUAUCAGCAAAAGUCCUGCAGUCAGGAUCCAAGAUCAUUGCCAUGCAUCUCUUGAAGUGUGGAAUUCAGACAACAGCAGUGUUGUGCCUGAUCCUACAGUGGUGUACAGAUUUUCCCACAGUGUUCAGUUUUAAUUUAAGUUAAUGAGAGUAUUUAAUAUUACAGCUCUAUAGAUAUGCUGGCAAAAACUGUCUGUUAAAUGUGUACUGUACAUUAAAAAGUAGGAGUAGGGCUUAUGCCAAGUUAUCCAAAGAGCCUCUGCUGUUAGACCUUCACUACUGCUGGUACUUGCUACCAGGUUGCCCCAAAAAUCAUGGUACUGGGGACAUCUGAUGGGGCAUUGCUAUAUCUGCUGACAGCAGACUGAUCUUGGUUUGACAAAUGUGGACUGAAGGAGAAAGACUUUCCAGGACUUGUAUUGUGAAUACUCUCUUUUUCAUAAAGGUGAACAGGCGCUACUGUUUGUUCUGUUAAAAAGCUCUUUGUAUAAAUGUGUAAAGUAUAUACACAUGUAUUAUGCUGAUGUGGUGCUACCGAUGGGCUGGGUAAAGAUGACAUCCAUCUGCCUUAAGCAAGGUGAGAAGAACAGCAAAUAUCCUUUACUAUUGCUAACUGAACAAUGGCAUUUCUUUACCCACAUAUGUUUACUUAGGACUGUCCGAAGAAAAUAUGCUGAAAGCCAACCUUUGUGUAAACUCCUAGAGGGUAGUUUGCAAUGCAGUCUAUUAAGCUGUAGCUUGAUGAAUGUUUAUAUUGACCCACUGGCAAGAUUCUCAUCCUUACUAGUAAUCGUAAAGGGCUAUUUGUGCUAAUUGAAACUUAUUUUUUGUUGUUAAUGCAGUCUGCUAAUAUAUCGUGUCUUGGCUGUAUCAUUUCUGAGUUAAUUCUGGAGUUCCUAACAGUAACUUGUUUUAAUCAUGGAGUGACCAUAGCCAAUGAACACAGUUGACAUUCAUCAUGACCAGGUGUCUGUACAGCACACUAUGCUGUUUGUUGUGAGGUUGUGUCUCACUUUAAUGGUCUUGGUUGUUUACGCGAGAAUAAUCCCGGGGAAUCAUAGUCAGUAGUUAUUCACUCAGUAAAAUAAUCCCAAGGAAAUAUCAUUCAUGUCAUUCUUUUGGGAUUCUCCUUCCUACUAAUUAGUAACUGACUGUGUGUGAAAAGAGGUCUUGUCAGUGCAUAAUAUCCACCCCACUUCCACUCUUGUUUCACAAUCAAAGGUGAAACAGGGAAAUGUAGGCUUACAGGUAUGUACCAAUUUAGAGGAACUCUCACCUUUCACAUUACCCAAGAUUUCCUUAAAGUUGAAUUGUUAUUUACUUAGCUGUUAUGUUUCUACAUCUAUCAUCUUUGCAGCCGAUGUUUAAUCAUUAUACUGGAUGGCAAGCAUGCCAGUUGUCCCAGUCUUAGGCAAAGCAGGAAGAGAAAGGUAGGGCAUAAAAGAGUCAUAGUAGUGCUGAGACCUUAUGUAACACAGCAGAAGAGAAACAGAUCUAGCAGUAUCUUGUAAAUAAAGCAUAGGCUAUCCAUCAUAGGCUUCCACAGGAUAGCCAGGAAAUUUUCAACAAAUAUGACAAUGUUGUUUCCAAGCAGGGUAGUGGAAAUACUGAAGUUUAUAUGACUAUGUAGCACCAGAGCUGGAGGUAAAUAGAAGAUAACGGAAUAGCCAGUGUUUUAAGAAUGUUAUUUAUUUAUGUAGUUUAUAUUAAGUUGUUAGGUACAGUAAAUUAAUAAAUGUAUAUUUUAGGUAUACUACAAGUGAGUAUGUAUAAACCCGCAUAAACAAUUCUCUGGGAGUCAUUCAUAUGUUUCCAUUUAGCAUUGCCCAACUGAUUAUAGCUGUAUCUUAAUUUCUUUUCAAUUUUGUAUUAACUCUGGUUUUCAUGAGAAAUAUAAAUCUGUUUAGGAAUCCUUAUUUACAAUUAUACAACUUUUCCACUGCUUUUAUCAAACUAUUUAGCAGGUAUCUUGCUUCUACUGAUCAGGCAAAGUGUAAUUUAUGCACCACGACACAAACCAAGAAUCAAGACACCUCCGAACCAAACCUUUUAUUCGUACACUGUAAAGGCUAUUGUUUAGCUGAGGCACUAAGAGAAGAGAAUUUAUCUGGUGUACGAAUAAAAGCUUUGGUUCGGUGUCUUGAUUCCUGGUUUGUGUCGUGGUGCAUCAUUUUUUCCUGUUUGUGGUUUUCAAAGUGUAAUUUAUUUUGAAGACUUGUCCUUAAAGGGAGUCCACUGACAAAAUAUCACAUGCCAUAUUAUAUAAUACGUUUGGUAUAAGCAUAGUCAUUAUGUUUAAUUUACCAGCUUAUUUCGCCAAGACUUUUUAAAGGAUUUGAGGACUAGUGGGUGGAACAAACUGGUAGUCCUUAACAAGGCUUGCAUUUUCAGUAUCUAACUGGAUUAAGGAGAAAGUUUCAUAUGCAGUUCUUUUUCAUAUUUGCAGAAGUAAUUGCACUUUUCAUUUUGUUAGAUAUGGCAUACGACCAGUAAUGUGCAACAAAUCUGAAGCCACUUGUACCUGUUAACUUGUUAAGCAAGCUUCUAACUUCUCAUGCCUAUGUUUCAAGUUUUGAGCUGUUGGCUAUAAAACUAUAAAAUCAUGCUUAUGUAAACCAUCAGGAUGGUUGCAUUGUGAUAUCUUUCUCUUGUUAAUUAUGUGUUGAUAUGAAAGAUUCAUUCUUAUUUUUCAGUAUGUGAACAAAGGAGCAUAAUGUAACACUAAUGCCACUACUGCAGUGCUUUUAUAGAAUUCUUCACUACCAUACAUUCACACAACUGUACACCUGAUGCUGUCUGUCAGCACCAAUGCAGUCAGAAAACCAGAAAACUACACAGCUAAUGCUGCCUGUCACCACCAGUACAGAUAAAAACUGCCAAGCUAAUGCUGUUUGUCAUCGCCAAAGCAGACACAAAAUUAAAUGUGUGUUAAUCAUCAGUAUCAAUGCAUUAACAGAACUAUACAUAGUGCUGGAGAUGUCUGCUAAAACAUGACUUCUUAGCACUUCUGCGGCUUUAACCAUAUGCUAGUGGUUUAGAGGCAAGUGAGUUAAAUUGUGUAUGAUGUUUCUCACAUUAUAACACUUUCUUUUGCUAACCUUCUCUUCUUUCACUGAAUAAUGGUAUUUGUCAUACUAGUGCAUUUCAGUCAGCACUGGGCUUGCAGGCUUUUGUACCUGCCACAUCUUCAGUCAUCAUGUAAAAUGUGCUCAGUUUUAUGUUUCACCCUACAGCAUUGAUCUCAAAUAUCUUAAAUAAUUUAUUACGUUGACACAUAGUUUUUGAACUUAACAGUUGUUUUAAGGAACAGACACAUCCUUAUCUUUGUCUUUUUGCAUGUCCAUUUAUAUGAUUCUAGUGGUCAACAAAGGUGCUUCAUCACUUAGUCUGUAGACUUGGAGCGGAGUAAAAAACAAGGCCGAUAAGUUAUAUUAAGCUUCUUAGUCUUAGAGGCAGUAACACAAUAUAAACCUAACUAUUAUAACUUCAAAAUGGUUAUAAAAUGUAGUAUAAAAUGUAUUCCUUGUUUCAGAUCUUGAGACUAUUAUACAACACACUGUUUAGUGUACUUUCAGUCACAUAAAAUGACUGUUUCAUUUUUAAAAUUCUUUUAUUAGAAGUAAUGUAAUGGUCAUCCUAUCAGUUAUUCCCUCCUUCUAAGCAUAUUAGGCUUCAGGUUGUAUACCCCUUCCAAACCACAACUCAAGGUUAGGUGCAGAUUACUGUGCUCCAUGCAUCUAGGCACAUCAGCUGUAUUAAAUACUGGGCUUUAAAUGUAUACAUAAAAGUCUCCAAUAUCUAGUGAAAGUAUCUACAGUAAGACAUCAGCUAAAUACCUUGAUGCAGCUGAAAGGAUUAGAUGUUCCUCUGUACAUUUCACAUAAGGUGCAUUCUAACAAAUAUAAACUACCUACUGUAUAUCUUAUACUUUCAUAUUUCUCAUAAUUAUGUAUCCCUUUGUUUACAGCUCCAAAGUAGUUAAUUUCACACCAGAAGAUGUACUUUAUUUCUAUGACCCAGAUUUAUCACUGCCCCCAUUUCAUGCCUGCCACCAUACAGUGUUAUUCAAACAGAAAUAUGUCAUAUGUAACUAAUAGAGGUAUGUGUUCUUAGCCAACAAGCCUGAGUAAUCCAUGAAGUCGGAAAUAUUGUCAUGUUAUAAUGAAUAAUAAAACCUAUGUCGAUAUUCAA